GGAACAGGGGGGGGGCGGAGCCCCACCCACUUUUCAGCCUUUUUUUAAGGAAAAAUCUUCAUUUUUGAUUUAAAUACAAGACUAAGAGCAGGAAAUGGUUCAGCAAGGUUGCAGGAUUAUUGGCAUUUUCUGUAAGGGAAGCAUUCCUGGGCAGGUUUCACACACCUUCAUGAUGUGGAAGCUUGUGGUGGUGGCAGGUCUGGCUUUUCUGCUGGGCGAUGGCGCCGCCGGUCUGGGAGAGUACCGCGAGCACGCAGAGGCCGACCAGACGGUGAUCACCAUGGCCAGGUUCGCUGUGCCGCUCCUCCAGCCGCACAUCAAGAGCGAGAAGUUCUUCACGCUGAAGUCCGUGGAUAAGAUCCACAAGCAGCUGGUCUCCGGCACCAACUACAAGCUGGAGGUGUCCCUGGUGGAGACGGGCUGCCAUCAGGAGGCCGGCCCGUCGGCGCUAGAGUGCGAGCCCGCCGAUCGGCCCCGGAUCGUGACGUGUCGGCUGGUGGUGUACGACCAGCCGUGGACAGGUCGCCGUGAGCUCACCAAGCACCGCUGCACCCGGCCGGUGGCGGCGCACAAACACAAAGGCCACGGAAAGAGCAAGAAAAAGUUCGGUAAGCCGGCGGGCGCCGCCAGUAAGCGGCUGCGCGCCCAGUUUGGCGAAUUUGUGCGCCUCUUCAACCGCACCUAUCCGAGCACCGAGGAGUACGCGCGACGGAUGCGCGUGUUUGGCGAGAACAUGAAGCACGCGCGCAACUUCCAGCGAAUGGAGCGGGGCACGGCCCAGUACGGCGUCACCAAGUUUAGUGAUAUGACCGUGGAGGAGUUCCGCGCCACCCAGCUGGGCCUGGACACCAGUCUGCCGCGGCCGGCGCCCGACGGCCGGUUCCGACAGACGGCAGCCAUCCCCGAGGUGCAGGGCAUGCCCACCAACUGGGACUGGCGCGAGAAGGGCGCCGUGACCCCCGUCAAAAACCAGGGUCAGUGCGGCAGCUGCUGGGCCUUCUCCGUCACCGGUAACGUUGAGGGACAGUACUUCAUCAAACACGGACAGCUCCUGUCACUCUCCGAGCAGGAGCUGGUGGACUGCGACACCGACGACCACGGCUGCCAGGGCGGCCUGCCCGACCAGGCCUACAAGUUCAUCGAGUUCCUCGGCGGACUCGAGGAGGAGAAGGACUACCCGUACGAGGGACGCAACGACCAGUGUCGGCUCAACCGCACCGACCUCAGGGUGAAGCUGACUGGUAGUCUGGACCUGCCCAAAAACGAGGCCGACAUUCAGAAGUGGCUCUACAAGAACGGACCCGUCUCGAUCGGCGUCAACGCCAACCCCCUGAUGUUUUACCGCGGCGGGAUCAUCGACGUGUGGUCGUUCCUGUGCCGCGCCUCGGCCAUCGACCACGGAGUGCUGCUCGUCGGCUUCGGAGAGAAAUCCUACCCAGUGGUGAACAAGACGAAGCCGUUCUGGAUCGUGAAGAACUCGUGGGGUGCCGACUGGGGGGAGCAGGGCUACUUCCGCCUGUACCGGGGUAGCGACGAGUGCGGCGUCCAGGACAUGGCCUCCUCUUCUAUCGUGGCCUGAGCACCACGCUCGGCCCGGCACGGGAUGACGGAGUGGCUGCCGCAGUCCCGCGGCCAGCCGGACUCAGUGACCUAUCCCGGUCAGCGGCUAUGGGGCAGACUGGGAAAUAUUUACUCAAACUGCUGAUUAGACGUGGCUUCAAGUAUGUACAGUGAUUCUCAGCGCUAUUGUUGGUCCAUCGAUAGAUGUUGUGGUGAUUUUUUUUCAGACGUGUUUUAUACGCUACUGCAUACAACUUAGUGUACGUCACUUGUAUUCAGUGGCCCUUAUUUUGGUAGAUAUUCCAUAGAAAAUGAGCUUAUUUUUAUAAGUCGUAUUAUGAAUACUUCAGCUGAGAUUAUACUACCUUCUUACAUAUUUUACCGUCUACGUUAUACUUCACGUUUUAUAUGAUUCGCCGUUUGCGAGCCUUAGACGAGCCUUAAAUAGAACGCUACUCUGCUCCCUUGGAAUGUAUGCUGUAUAGUAUUAGUGACUUGGUAUAUGUGCCAUUAGUUGUUCUUCAAGCCGCAGAUAUAUUUUAGCGGUAGAUAGCAGUGGUGGCUGUGGUAUAGCGUAUGUACCACUCUUUAUAAGGAAACAAUAUAUGGGGCAUCAUGUUUCUGGAA